AUGUCCAGUCCACCAAGUACACCAGCAGCAGCAGCAGCGGCUCCCACAGGCGCCAGCCACCACCGUCGCACCAGCAGUGGGAUCUCGGACGACGCGGCCAAAUCGGCACAUGAGUUCAUGACUGGCACUAUUCGGCGCUCCAGCAGCGGAGUGACAGACGAAGCGGCCCGAGCUGCGCACGACUUCAUGCAAACAUCCAGAGGCACGGGGCCCGGGCUGAGUGACAAUCUCACCGACAAGGCUCACCAAGUCCUCGACGGUCCGGCAACCCAUCGCGAGAGUCACAGCAAGUAUUUGCCCGAUGUGACGUUGCCGGGAGUCACGGACGAGGUUGCAGAAGAAGCAUUGGAGUUUGUGGAGGGCGUGGAGAAAACAAACAAGGCAUGA